AUGGCGACGAGCACUCGAGCCCUCUUUCUCUCCUGCUUCCACGGCGGCGGCGCCGAGGUGAGCCGCCACCUCGCGCUGCGGCCGCGGUACCCGUCCAAUCCGCGGCGCCCUAGGUCGGCCGCGGUUGCCGGCGAAGGAAGUGAAGGCGGAGGAAGCGGCGGUGACCUGGAGGCCGCGAAGGGGACGGCGGAGAGGGACGAGGAGGAGAAAGUGUCGGUGUUUGCGGUGACGGGAAUGACGUGUGCCGCCUGCGCGGGGUCGGUGGAGAAGGCCGUGAAGCGGCUCCCGGGCAUCCAUGACGCCGCCGUCGACGUGCUUGGAGGCCGUGCGCAGGUCGUCUUCUACCCAGCCUUCGUCUCGGAGGAGAAAAUUAGGGAAGCAAUCGAGGAUGUUGGUUUUGAAGCUAAGCUGAUUAACGAGGAGGUCAGGGAAAAGAACAUUCUAGUAUGCAGGUUACAUAUAAAAGGAAUGACCUGCACGUCCUGCACUGGCACAGUAGAAUCUGCCUUGCAAGCUUUUCCUGGUGUUCAAAGAGCUUCAGUUGCGUUGGCUACUGAAGAGGCAGAGAUCCAUUAUGAUCGCAGGAUUGUUGCUGCCAGCCAACUUAUCCAUGCAGUGGAAGAAAUUGGCUUUGAAUCAAUACUAAUCACUACAGGAGAAGAUCGGAGCAGGAUAGACCUCAAACUAGAUGGCGUUCUGAGCGAGAAGCUAACAAUGAUACUGAAAAGCUCUAUCCAAGCUCUUCCUGGUGUGGAAGACGUAAAGGUUGACACUGAACUCCACAAGAUCACCGUCUCGUACAAGCCUGACCAGACAGGUCCCAGGGACCUCAUUGAAGUCAUCGAGUCAGCCACUUCUGGUGACGUUACUGCAUCAAUAUAUGCCGAAGCAGAAGGAAGGGAGCAUCACAGGUAUGUGGAAAUCAAGCGAUACAGGCAGUCUUUCUUGUGGAGCUUAAUAUUCACUAUUCCGGUGUUUCUCACUUCCAUGGUGUUCAUGUACAUCCCUGUGCUGAAGGAUGGGCUCGAAAAAAAGGUUGUCAACAUGAUGAGCAUUGGUGAACUAUUGCGGUGGAUUUUAUCGACACCAGUGCAAUUUGUAAUUGGCCGCAAGUUUUAUACUGGUGCUUACAAGGCAAUAUGCCAUGGCUCAUCAAACAUGGAUGUCCUUAUUGCCCUAGGGACAAACACGGCUUACUUCUACUCAGUUUACUCAGUUCUUCGAGCAGCUACCUCUGAGAAUUACAUGUCAACUGAUUUUUUUGAGACUAGUUCUAUGCUCAUAUCUUUUAUCCUUCUUGGAAAGUACCUUGAGAUCUUGGCAAAAGGAAAAACCUCCGAGGCUAUUGCCAAGCUGAUGGAUCUUGCACCGGAAACUGCAACACUGUUAAUGUAUGACAAUGAAGGAAAUGUAGUAGGAGAGAAGGAGAUUGACAGCAGGCUAAUUCAGAAAAAUGAUGUGAUCAAAGUAGUCCCGGGUGGAAAAGUUGCUUCUGAUGGAUUUGUUAUUUGGGGCCAGAGCCAUGUGAAUGAAAGCAUGAUUACUGGAGAAUCACGGCCAGUAGCGAAGAGGAAGGGUGACACUGUAAUUGGAGGGACAGUGAAUGAGAAUGGUGUGCUCCAUGUCCGGGCAACAUUUGUCGGAUUAGAGACUGCACUGGCACAGAUCGUAAGGCUAGUUGAGUCAGCACAAAUGGCAAAAGCUCCUGUCCAGAAGUUCGCUGAUCAGAUAUCUAGAGUCUUUGUCCCACUGGUUAUUGUUCUAUCUUUGCUUACUUGGCUUGUGUGGUUCUUAGCUGGGAGAUUCCAUGGUUACCCUUACUCAUGGAUACCAUCUUCCAUGGAUAGCUUUCAGCUUGCUCUUCAGUUUGGAAUAUCAGUUAUGGUGAUUGCCUGUCCUUGUGCCUUAGGGCUGGCAACUCCAACUGCUGUUAUGGUUGCAACUGGAGUUGGUGCCUCACAAGGCGUUCUGAUCAAAGGCGGGCAAGCUCUUGAGAGUGCACAAAAGGUAGACUGCAUCGUCUUUGAUAAGACAGGAACGCUGACUGUUGGGAAACCAGUCGUUGUCAACACCAGGCUUUUCAAAAACAUGGUCUUGCGUGAGUUCUUUGACUAUGUUGCAGCAGCAGAGGACAACAGUGAGCACCCUCUGGCAAAGGCAAUAGUGGAGCAUGCAAAGAAGUUCCACUCAGAAGAAAACCACAUCUGGCCGGAAGCAAGAGAUUUCAUUUCGGUUCCCGGACAUGGUGUCAAGGCCAAAGUUUUUGAUAAGAGUGUCAUUGUCGGGAACAAGAGUUUCAUGUUGUCAUUAAGCAUUGAUAUCCCCAUGGAAGCUUCAGAGAUUCUCAUAGAAGAAGAGGAAAAUGCACAUACAGGCAUUAUUGUGGCUAUGGAUCAAGAAGUUGUGGGCAUAAUUUCUGUAUCUGACCCGAUAAAACCAAAUGCCCAUGAAGUUAUAUCUUACCUCAAGUCCAUGAAUGUGGAGAGCAUAAUGGUGACUGGGGACAACUGGGGGACUGCUAACGCCAUCGGCAAAGAGGUUGGCAUUGAAAAGAUUAUCGCCGAAGCAAAACCUGACCAGAAAGCUGAAAAGGUGAAGGAACUUCAGCUGUCAGGAAAAACUGUGGCGAUGGUUGGUGACGGAAUAAAUGACUCCCCAGCACUCGUUUCAGCUAAUGUAGGUCUGGCCAUUGGCGCUGGAACAGAUGUCGCCAUUGAAGCAGCCGACAUCGUCCUCAUGAAGAGCAACUUGGAGGAUGUGAUCACUGCUAUCGAUCUCUCUAGGAAAACCUUUUUCCGCAUACGGAUGAAUUACGUGUGGGCGCUCGGCUACAACAUCAUCGGCAUACCAAUUGCCGCAGGAGUGCUCUUCCCAUCGACCCGAUUUCGCUUGCCACCAUGGGUUGCCGGUGCCGCGAUGGCGGCUUCAUCCGUCAGUGUCGUCUGUUGGUCCCUUCUGUUGAGGUACUACAAGAGUCCAAAGAAGUUUGACAACUGA